CCGGGCGGGUCGCGCGGUCGCUUCCGCUUCCGGUCCGUCGCCUCCUUUGGUUGCUUCCCGUCCGCUCGGCGGCUCCCUUCCCCCGCCCGGCUCUCCGCGCCCCUCCCGGGCGCCGGGGCGGCGGGGCCGUCGGCGUGCGGCCCUCCGUGCGUCCGCGCGUGCGCCCGAACGCGGCUCCGCGUCCGCCGCCCGCGGCUCGGCGCGCGCCCCGCGACACCGAGGCCGAGCGGGGGCAGGGGGCUGCCCGCCAUGACCCCCUGGAGCGCGGUGUGAGGGGGCCGAGGUCUCUGCCUGUGGCUGACGUGCUGGAAAGGCUGUGGACGGCGUGGUCCGCCUGCUCUGCCGCCAGGCUGCUCCGGAGAUGCGGUGACCUGCCAGUCCCUGCCGCGGCCUCCCUCCUCCCGCCGCCCGGUCUCUGCACGCCCCGGGGGGCCCGCCCCCCUCCCGCCGCCAGCCACCAUGUCGACCUCCUCGCUGCGGCGCCAGAUGAAGAACAUCGUGCACAACUACUCGGAGGCCGAGAUCAAGGUUCGGGAGGCCACGAGCAACGACCCCUGGGGCCCGUCCAGCUCCCUCAUGUCUGAGAUCGCUGACCUCACCUACAACGUGGUCGCCUUCUCGGAGAUCAUGAGCAUGAUCUGGAAGCGGCUCAAUGACCACGGCAAGAACUGGCGGCACGUGUACAAGGCCAUGACGCUGAUGGAGUACCUCAUCAAGACGGGCUCGGAGCGCGUGUCACAGCAGUGCAAGGAGAACAUGUACGCCGUGCAGACGCUGAAGGACUUCCAGUACGUGGACCGCGACGGCAAGGACCAGGGUGUGAAUGUGCGCGAGAAGGCCAAGCAGCUGGUGGCCCUGCUGCGCGACGAGGACCGGCUGCGGGAGGAGCGUGCCCACGCACUCAAGACCAAGGAGAAGCUGGCGCAGACCGCCACGGCCUCCUCCGCAGCCGUGGGCUCUGGGCCCCCGCCCGAGGCAGAGCAAGCCUGGCCGCAGAGCAGCGGGGAGGAGGAGCUGCAGCUCCAGCUGGCCCUGGCCAUGAGCAAGGAGGAGGCCGACCAGCCCCCGUCCUGCGGCCCCGAGGAUGACGUCCAGCUCCAGCUGGCCCUUAGUUUGAGCCGUGAGGAGCACGAUAAGGAGGAGCGGAUCCGCCGUGGGGACGACCUGCGGCUGCAGAUGGCCAUAGAGGAGAGCAGGAGGGAGACCGUGGGCCAGGAGGAGUCGUCCCUCAUGGAUCUUGCUGACGUCUUCACGGCCCCGGCUGCUCCGCAGGCUGCGGAUCCCUGGGGGGGCCCAGUGCCCAUCGCUGCUGCCCUGCCCGCGGCGGCCCCCACCUCGGACCCUUGGGGGGGACCCCCUGUGCCUCCCGCUGCUGACCCCUGGGGUGGUCCAGCUCCUACGCCGGCCUCCGGGGACCCCUGGAGGCCUGCUGCCCCUGCGGGGCCCCCGGUUGACCCUUGGGGUGGGACUGCGGCCCCUGCGGCUGGAGAAGGACCUACCCCCGACCCGUGGGGGGGCUCAGACGGCGGGGCCCCGGUCGGCGGACCCCCAGCCUCCGAUCCCUGGGCCCCGGCCCCGGCCUUCUCAGACCCCUGGGGGGCGUCCCGUACCAAGCCCAGUGCCAAUGGCACCGCAGCGGUCGGGGGGUUUGACACGGAGCCCGACGAGUUCUCCGACUUCGAGCGACUGCGCACAGCCCUGCCGGCCUCUGGGAGCAGCACGGGGGAGCUGGAGCUGCUCGCCGGAGAGGUGCCCGCGCGCAGUCCCGGUGCCUUCGACAUGAGCGGGGUCGGGGGCUCUCUGGCCGAGGCUGUGGGGAGUCCCCCGCCUGCAGCCGCCCCGACGCCCACGCCGCCCACGCGGAAGACGCCGGAGUCGUUCCUGGGGCCCAAUGCCGCCCUGGUGGACCUGGACUCGCUGGUGAGCCGGCCAGGCCCCACGCCGCCAGGAGCCAAGGCCUCCAACCCCUUCCUGCCGAGCGGAGGCCCGGCCACCGGCCCCUCCGUCACCAACCCCUUCCAGCCCGCGCCCCCCGCGACACUCACCCUGAACCAGCUCCGGCUCAGCCCCGUGCCCCCGGUCGCUGGAGCGCCGCCGACGUACAUCUCUCCCCUUGGCGGGGGCCCUGGCCUGCCCCCCAUGAUGCCCCAGGGACCCCCGGCCCCCAACACUAAUCCCUUCCUCCUAUAAUCCAGGGCGGGAGGGGGCUUCCCCCACUCCUGCUCCCUGGGCGACCAGUGUUGUGAGUGCAUGUGAAGCGGGGGACCCCUGCCCCCACCCCAGCAUCCUUCCCCCUCCUGGGGCCCACUCACACUACACCGUCUCCCCACAUCCCCGACCCUGCCUCCCCAGAGAGAAACGACCUGGGGAUGGGGAGGGGUGCGGCCGGAGGAGGACCCCUGCCCACGGCAUUAGAAGGGGGAGGGACAGUGGGGGGGGGUCCCCCCACCCAUCUCCCUCCCUCCCAACUCCUGACUGGCCCCUCAAUCAGUGUUUGAGCCUCCUUGUCCCCUCACGCACCCCUUGGUGAAUCCUUGGUGAUGAUUUUGGCAACUUCGGGAAUAAAUGGCAAUUCUUACGGGC